ACAUUUUUGUAAAGCAUUUUGUUUUCUGUGUUAGAAAUAAAGAUACUGAUUAUGAAAUGUGUGUAAGUAAGACUAGUUUUCUCCAGAAGGAAUUGUAUCCAAGAAAGGGUUAAUAGAGGAACAUUCAUGAGCUCUGUCCUUGUGCUCCUCCUUUCUCUCUCUCUCUUUCUCUCACUCACACACCAGGAAGUGACUUUUCAUUUUAGAAGAAACGAAACUCACAGUCUCUCUCUCUCUCUCUAGUUCAGUGUGAGUUUAGGGAAAAUGGCUGAGGCCAGUAUUUCAGUAGAUCAGGACCAGUUCGUCUGUCCAGUGUGUCUGGAUCUCCUGAAGGAUCCGGUGACUCUCCCCUGUGGUCACAGUUUCUGUAAGGUGUGUAUUAAUGACUGCUGGGAUCAGGAGGAUAAGAGUGGAGUUUAUAGAUGUCCUCAGUGCAGAGACACUUUCACUCCAAGGCCUGUUCUACGCAGAAACAACAUGCUGGCUGAAGUGGUGGAGAAACUGAAGAAGAAGACUGAAGUCCAAGCUGCUUCUUCUGUUUACUGUUACGCUGGACCUGGAGAUGUGGAGUGUGAUUUCUGCACCGGGAGAAAACACAAAGCCAUCAAGUCCUGUCUAGUGUGUGUGGCCUCCCUUUGCGAAACUCAUUUAAAGCCUCAUCUUGAAAUUCCUGCUUUGAAAAAGCACAGUUUAGUUGAAGCUUCUGGAAAUCUAGAAGAGAAGAUCUGCUCUGAGCAUGAUGAAGUGCUGAAGAUCUACUGUCGUACUGACCGACGCUUCAUCUGUUAUCUGUGUGUGACGGAUGAACACAAAAGCCACGACACUGUCUCAGUUAAAGCUCACAGAACUGAAAAACAGAGUGAGUUAAAGGAGGAGCAGAUGAAAUCCCAGCAGAGAAUCCAGGAGAAGCAGAAGAAGGUGCAGGAGCUGAAACAGGCUGUGAACACUAUAAAGCUGAGUGCACAGACAGCAGUGGAGGACAGUGAGAGGAUCUUUACUGAGCUGAUCAGCUCCAUGGAGAAAAAGCGCUCGGAGGUGACGGAGCUGAUCAGAGCUCAGGAGAAGACUGAACUGAGUCGAGCUGAACGACUCCUGGAGCAACUGGAGCAGGAGAUUGCUGAUCUUCAGAGGAGACUCACUGAGCUGGAGCAGCUUUCACACACACACGAUCACAUCCAGUUCAUCCAGAGUCUCCAGUCUCUCAGUGUCUCUUCUGGACGUGAGGACUCACCCAGCAUCACUGUCAAUCAACGUCUCCCAUUUGAUGGAGUGAGGAAAUCUCUCUCUGAUCUGAAAAAGAGACUCGAGGAAUUCUGCCAGGAGGAGUUCAUCAAAAUCCCUCAACAUGCUGUAGCAGUUCAGAUGAUUUUACCCUCAGAACCAAAGAGCAGAGAAGAUUUUCUGUACUAUUUCUGUGAUCUGACUCUGGAUCCCAACACAGUAAAUUAUAAACUCAUUCUGUCUGAGAAGAACAGAGCGGUGACGUACAGUAAGAUAAAGCAGACGUACUCUGAUCAUCCAGAGAGAAUUGACUCCUGGUGUCAGGUGUUGAGUAAGGAGAGUGUGUGUGGACGCUGUUACUGGGAGGUGGAGUGGAGCAGUGAGGGAUGUGUGUUCAUAUCAGUCUCAUAUAAAGACAUCAGCAGGAAAGGAGAGGGUAUUGAGUGUCUGUUUGGACGCAACAAUCAGUCCUGGAGUCUGUGGUGUUCUUCUUCUUCUUCUCUCUCUUUCUAUCACAACAACAUUAGGACUGAUCUCGGAGCUCCAUCAUCCUCCAGAAUAGAAGUGUAUGUGGAUCACAGUGCAGGAACUCUGUCCUUCUACAGCGUCUCUGACACGAUGAAGCUCCUCCACAGAGUCCACACCACAUUCACUCAGCCUCUGUACGCUGGAUUCUACCUCAUCCCUUAUAGAUCAACUGUGAGAUUUUGUGAUCCAGAAGCACAGACAGCAGUGGAGGACAGUGAGAGGAUCUUUACUGAGCUGAUCAGCUUCAUGGAGAAAAAGCGCUCGGAGGUGACGGAGCUGAUCAGAGCUCAGGAGAAGACUGAACUGAGUCGAGCUGAACGUCUCCUGGAGCAACUGGAGCAGGAGAUUGCUGAUCUUCAGAGAAGACUCACUGAGCUGGAGCAGCUUUCACACACACACGAUCACAUCCAGUUCCUCCAGAGUCUCCAGUCUCUCAGUGUCUCUUCUGGACGUGAGGACUCACCCAGCAUCACUGUCAAUCAACAUCUCUCAUUUGAUGGAGUGAGGAAAUCUCUCUCUGAUCUGAAAAAGAGACUCGAGGAAUUCUGCCAGGAGGAGUUCAUCAAAAUCCCUCGACAUGCUGCAGCAGUUCAGAUGAUUUUACUCUCAGAACCAAAGAGCAGAAAAGAUUUUCUGUACUAUUUCUGUGAUCUGACUCUGGAUCCCAACACAGUAAAUUAUAACCUCAUUCUGUUUGAGAAGAACAGAGCGGUGACGUGCAGUAAGAGACAGCAGUUGUACGCUGAUCAUCCAGAGAGAUUUGACGUCACGCAGGUGUUGAGUAAGGAGAGUGUGUUUGGAUGCUGUUACUGGGAGGUGGAGUGGAGCGGUGAUUGUGUGGACAUAUCAGUCUCAUAUAAAGACAUCAGCAGGAAAGGACGGGGUAAUCAGUGUUGGUUUGGAUGCAACAAUCAGUCCUGGAGUCUUCGGUGUUCUUCUUCUCCUCUCUCUUUCUAUCACAACAAUGUUAGGACUGAUCUCAGAGCUCCAUCAUCCUCCAGAAUAGGAGUGUAUGUGGAUCACAGUGCAGGAACUCUGUCCUUCUACAGCGUCUCUGACACGAUGAAGCUCCUCCACAGAGUCCACACCACAUUCACUCGGCCUCUGUACGCUGGAUUCUGGCUCACCCCUUAUGGAUCAACUGUGAGAUUUUGUGAUCCAGAAUAAAAUGCUCCUGGUUUCUUCUUUUCAUAUGAAGCUUACUUAAAUAAAGGUUUAAUUUUAAAUUUUGUUACGGUGUGCACCUGUGAUCGGCGUGCACCCAAACCACCCAAAUCACUCACUCACUCCGAAGCUCACUAGAUAGGUGGCCUCCCCUAUCUGCAGGUGUGCGAAGGAGCGGAGUCGCGGAAUUAGGCAUGGCUGGUGAGGCAUCACUGCUAAUGGUCCCAGGCUUCUCCUCGCAGUAUAAAACUCAGUGGGGAGUGUAGCUCGGGAGACUGGACUUUACUACGCGGUGUGAGUAUGCCGAGCACCAGACCAGCACAUUCUUUCCUUCUCUUCUUUCCAUCCUCCCUCCUUUAACCGUUUCCUACCUUAUUUUCCUUAAUAAAUUACCCUUUUCCCUCGCCUCGUGCCCGUGCUUUAUGGUGCCGCUUGUAAAACAACAUGUGUGUGUGAGGGUUCACCACUAGAGGGCAAUGUGUUAGUGUUUGUAGUUUUAGUUUGUAGACUCAGUUUCCCAGAAGGCACCUCGGUCAGGUGAUGUGGGUGCGCACCUGAACUGAGGAAGCUCAUUAGCUUUGCUAUAAAUACCCGUUUGUUCUGGGGAACUGGGUCGAGCAUUAAUGUUAAUU